AUGUCACCGUCGCAAACUCACCAGGUGCCGAGCGAUGAUGGCGAAAGCCUCGGUUCUGCGUCGAAAAAGAAGAAGUCAUCGCGCAAGGAUAAGCACAAGAAGUCCAAGGAUGGAAAAACCAAGGACUCAAAGGAUAAGAAAGGCAAGGACUCCAAGGAUGAGAAAACCAAGCACUCCAAGGAUGAGAAAACCAAGGACAAGAAGAAGAAGAAGAAGGACAAGAGCAAGAAGGCCGAUGUUGACAUCACCACUUCGAGCUCAGUAGUUCCUACACCCCAGAAGCAAAGCACGUCCAAAGUUUCGCCUUCAUUACAGAGAGAGCUCAGUCCCGAGAGUCCUGUUCAGAGUGCUCCAGCACCUCAGACACGAUCAGUGCCUACACCCCAGAAGACGCCCGUCUCCACGCCGCAGAAGCAGCGUGCCUACACUCCCCAGAAGCAGCCGACCAAGACGGUUUCGCCAACUCGGCUGGAGGUUCAGAUUCCCAGCUCUUCCCAGCGUCGGGAAGAGUAUGUGGAAAUGACCUUGGACUCCAACGAUGAGAGUGUCGAGGUGACGCCCACUGCAGAUCCCAGGGCCAAUCCUAGAUUUUUGUCUGGAAUGCAACUCCUGAGGAAAGAGGUGACCUCGCCAUUUAUUGCCGAGAACCAGGACGUGUUUGGCCCUGUGAUUCCUGCGACACCCAAGAGCCAAGUUGGAAGCAAGCCGUCAUCUGGAAAGAAGUCAAAGUCUGAGAGUGUGAAGAAAGAAACUGUGAAGAAAGAAAAAGUUACCACACCCUCGUCAGCGAAAAAGAAAAAGAAGAACGACCGCUACAUCCCCGACCCCGCCGAGGUAGUUCAGUUGUCAUCUGGCGAUGAUUCCGACUCUGAGCUUGAGCUUCAGGCUAUAUAUGACACUCCCAAGGCAAAGAGCGCUUCGAGGACCACCACGCCGUCAAAACAGAGUAUCGCAGCCACGAUCAAAAAUGCGGCAUCAUCUGGCACCGUCGAUGACUCGGAUAUCGAGUUUCAAGCCAUCCGCAAAACACCUCCUUCGAGAAACAGAUCGCAGAGCCAGCCACCAAGCGCCAAGGUGUCCAUGACUGCUCAGCGCAAUGUCUCGACGCCCACAAAGAGCAGCCAGGUGGCUACACCGUCUUCACGCAGUGUCCGAACAUCGGCAUCCAAGCCCGAUGGAAAGGAAGCAUUCCAGGAGAGAGCUAGACGAUGCCGUACUAUGUCGCCUUCAUUGGCUGACAAAACAAGCGGUUCCACGAAGCAGCAGCAAGCAAGUAAACCAACGCCGUUGCAAGCUCAUAAUCCCACAGUCAAGGGUACUCCGGCACCUAUCAAGUAUACUGCCUGCAUCGACCUCACCCAGGCCAUGACAAGUGAUGAUGAGAACUUCGAGAAGAAGCCCAUGACUAGGUCCCAUGCCCGAAAGGAGGCUUUGAGAACCACGCAGGUAGUGGCGGCAGAUUCACACACCGGAAAGAAGAGGUCCUGGGAAGAAAUGCAUUCGAGCUCGCCUGUUCCAGAGAAUGACAACCCGCCCAAGAAGCGCAAGCUGGAGAAUGUCGUUUCUCGCAUUGUGCGAAACAGUCUACGGGAGAAGGAAAAGCCAGUCAAUGGAGUGGAGACGCUCCAACAACGCCGCCGCAGAGAAUCGGCUGAGGCUCUUGCGUACUUUCAUCUGACAGGAUGGAAGAAACUGGACAAGAAGAACAAGCGAUCACCGGUUGCGAGCAAGACAAAGGGAAUCACAUCGUUGUUCUCUUGGACCGAAGUUCGCAAACUCAAGAAGAUGCUGCGCGAGAGGGCGGACUAG